AUGUCGGCCGACAAAGCGCAACAUGCGCCACCGAAUCCAGAACCCAUCAGCCUUUCAACACUUCCCCUUCCACCAGUUGCACCCAGCAGCGAUACCGGGGCUUGCACGCCUGAAGUGAAUCGAAAUGGCACUGGAUGCAUGACUCUAGCAUCAAACGAGGACUUCCAAGCAGGUGGCUUCUUACCUGAUGGAAAGCAUGUUUUGGUCCUCGUCACCUUUACAGGCGCUCCAUCACCUCCGGACACUUCCAGCGUUUACAAUGGUAGCCAGAUCAUCCUCGUUAAGACCGACGGCAAGGUAUUCCCCAGUGGAAGUCCAUGGAAGUGUCUCACUUGUGGACUGGCCGAGCAAAACAUAAGAGGAGUAAGCCCAACAUAUAGCUACCCGCAGGCAUUCGGCGAUGGAAAAAGGAUUCUAUUUGGCACGAACAUACUCGAUUGCGGGGAGCAUAAACUGGUUGAUGCAGCUUGUACACCUGAGCGCACCCAUGUUUAUCCCAUACGGUGGAAUACUAGCCCUGAUGGGACCGGGGAGGGCGGCGCCAUUCGGGAACUGCGUUUGCACCCUGAUGACGUCCAUCUUGGAUUCAAUGUUUUCACAACAAACGGUGGAAAGAUCGGUCAGUACGCGUACCUUGGAAGAUUGAAGUUCAACGCGAAGCCAACAGCCGGCAUACCACUUGUCCCACGUUAUGAUGUCGUCAAAGUCACUCGCCUGUUCAAUCCAGAAGCAGAUCAACCUAUUGCGACACAUGGGAAAGCUAUUGCCAUCAACCGGAACGCCAUAACCGUGGGCGAGCUUCGUGGAUUCAGUGGUAGAGGAACUGAAGUCACCUAUAUCGGUUAUCCGGCCGAGUCCUCCAACAUUGAUGUCUUCGCUGUUCACCUGCAGACUGGCAAGGUCCGGCGACUUACUAGCCACCCAGAAUAUUGCGAUCCUAUCGCUAUCUCACCUGACGAUCAAUGGAUGACAGUUCUGGAUACACGGGGAACAGACCGUCAAAUGUGGCUCUCUGGCAUGAGGCAUAUUCCGCCAAUUACUGACCUCAUCAGCACAUCGGUUACAUCCUCCACCAGAAACAACGGACAGAGACGAUUCUUUAGACCGUACCUUCUGGAUCGCUAUGGUGAUCGAUCGGAUUACUUUGGCCAGAAGAUCCAUGGUGAAGGGGAAGGUGUUCCCGGUAGUGGCGACUAUAAUGACCCUGAAUGGAAUGCGAUGGCUGAUCCUAGAUGGUCUUCAGAUGGCACUCAGAUUGUUUACUGGGAGGCUCAAACACUUCCUCCUGCGUGCGGGGGAAUAAAUCCGCUUCCAUGCUACCCGUCUAAAGAACCAGGAGGUAGACGAGUACGUGUAGUCUUGGCAACUCUGACAACUCGGGAGCCCUUCAAUCUUCCUGCAGUUGAUCCCAUUUCAGACGAAGUUCCUUGGGGUGUCAAGUACUCUCCAGGGGGCAUUGAUCCACAGCGUCCAGAGCCGACACCUGGGAAUUAUACACUGGUGGGGCUCAGUUGUGGAUAUGCUGAUGUUGAGAUCAUUGGGGGAGAUGAUGAAUCUAUCAGUGAGAUCAGUGUAGUCUAUCACGAGUUCUCAGACGAUGGAUCGACGUUCAUGUCAGGGAGCGAAACAGUUCGCGCCACGUUUCCAUCUCUGACGCUCAGCCAUGUCGACUGGUAUUCUGAUCUGACUCAAACCGGAAGGUCAAAGAGUACCAAACGGACAAGCUCAGAUGGCUUUCACCUCACCAUUGAUGUUUUGACAAACAUCUUCCAAGCAAAUGGGACCAUGAACACUACCAUUGAUGGCCAUCUCUACAUACAGCCUGCGAACAGAACCUGA